CCAUGCGCCCCACCCUUCCGCCAUUUUGGUUCCUGUAACGAGACCGACCGAGCCGAGCCGAGCGCUCCGCGGUAGCCUUGUAUGUAGGGCGCCGAGGAUCACUUUUCACACACCCCCAGUCCAUUUAAGGUUGAAUCUAGCUGUAGAGACGUAGAGUCGGACCAUGGCUUCCAAACCGAAGCCUCCGCAGAUGGCGCUACACAAGGUCAUUAUGGUGGGCAGUGGUGGAGUGGGCAAGUCUGCCCUCACUCUGCAGUUCAUGUAUGAUGAGUUUGUAGAAGACUACGAGCCCACCAAAGCAGACAGCUACAGAAAGAAGGUGGUGCUGGAUGGAGAGGAGGUGCAGAUUGACAUCCUGGAUACUGCAGGACAGGAGGACUAUGCUGCUAUCAGAGACAACUACUUCCGCAGCGGGGAGGGGUUCCUCUGUGUCUUCUCCAUCACAGAGCAGGAGUCCUUCGCAGCAACAGCAGACUUCAGGGAACAGAUUCUGCGGGUGAAGAAUGACGAGAACAUUCCGUUCCUACUGGUGGGCAACAAGUGCGACCUGUUUGACAAGAGACAAGUCACGAUAGAGACCGCCACCGCCAAGGCAGGGGAGUGGAACGUGCCCUACGUGGAAACCUCCGCUAAAACACGUCAAAAUGUGGACAAGGCCUACUUUGAUUUGAUGCGAAUGAUCAGGGACAGGAAAAAGGCCAACGGUCCGACAGACAGACAGGGAAACAGGAACAAGCGAGGGUGCCUCCAGAUGUGUUCUUUGAUUUAAUGUGCGAGAUCCGCGAUCGGAAGAAAGAAGAGACUGCCAAGCCUGAUGGAAAGAAGAACAAGAAAACCAAAAAGGAGGGGAAAAGAAAGAAGAAAUGUGUUAUAUUGUGAUCCUCUUUCACAAACUUUCAAUGUGCAAAGCAUUCUCCAUUGCUAAAGUUUUGGUCACACACCCCCUUUGGACUUUGGUUUGAUCCAACUUUCUGUAUCCUUGUUCACUGAUUGGCUGAAUUGGUCAAGUCAACUUUGAAAUGGGGUAGAAAUGAAGUUGUUGAACAGUGUUACAAAAUUGGGAUGGGUGUGCCUUUAACACAUCGCACUCUGUCUUGUGUGUUACAUUCUAGGGUUGCUUUAUUCCUCCUGAAAAUCUGAACUCAGAAUUCCAUGGCUUUGUGAAAAUUGGCCUGCAAUGUUACUCCAAAGAGCUUCUAUGUGCAUAAAUGUGUAUGACUGUGCACCACUGUUUAAUUUUGGUGGAACACUAUGUUGACUAUUUUGACAAUUUCAGGAGUUAAAGUCAAGUAGGUUUCUUUCUGUACUGAGGUCCAAAAUACAAAAUAGAACGUUUCUGUUUCUGUUCUUGAUCAGUGACUUGUACAAAUCUUGCUAUGUGACAUUUAGAAGUUUGAAAUUAGAAGAAAACUCUUGAAAGGUUACAAAAUGUAUUUCGGAAACUCCUUGAAUAUUUUCAAUUUUGAUAUUUUAGAAAAAAAGUAUGGAAUCGUAAAAACUGUAAGUGACUACUAUUCCUAAACGAGACUGGUUUUCAUAGGUGCAGUCCUUGUAUUGGUUAACUAGUACAUGUAUGUAAAUCCCAUGAUCGUACUCACUGUGUAAGACUAUGAAUAUUGUGGAAAGGCUUUGUCAGAUAUUCCUGUCAGUUAUCAUUAAGUCAGCAUCCUCAGUUCCAUGUACAUGUACAUGAAAUCGAGGUCUAAAUUCGACCUAAGUCAUGACCAUGCAUUCUUCCUUGGCUUUGGAAGAUCUAAAAGUUUGUAAUCUUCUCAAAACCUCUGUAAUUACUGUAUAAUUAAUUAAUUACAUUAAUUUACAUACAAUAUUUGCAAUCUUAAGUAGCACUGAUAAUUAUGAUGAAUAAUCACUAAUUGUAUUUAUAUCACUGUAUGAAAUUAUGCACCUAAAAUAUUAUGUUAGGCUCCUGCUGUAUAGGCACAGUAGGUAUAGGUCAUUGGAUAUGGUAAAUCAAGGAAAGUUUCAUCAAGGAAAAGAUAAGAAUUUUUCAGCAAACUUUCAUACUUUUGAAAAGAACUUUGUGGGGCUAUAUGCUUGAAUGCUAUCUAGCCAUUGUAUUGACACCACAUUGCCCAACUUUCUGUUGAAAUAUUGUUAUACAACAUUGUCUUUGUUAGUGAACAUGUAAGUGUUAGGUCACAACAGUAGUGUCCUUGUCUCUUGUCUGAUUGAACCUUAAACUGAAGUUUAAGGCUAAAACAAAAUAUCCAGACUAGAUGCCAAGGGCACAUAUUUGUCUGUUAAGUGUUUCACAACACAGAGCAACAUCCAGUUAGAAAAUUUCGGGUCCAAAGCACUUUAUUGCACUGUAUUACUGUACUCGUUGCACAGCUUAAAGAGUAUUAGAAUCGUUCUAUUGCCAAAGAAAGGUUAGCAUUAUUAGUUAGAACUUACUUGAUUCAGUUACUAGUAGAUACUCUGUGGAUAUAUGUUGUUUUUCUUUAACCAACACUUUCAACCAACCUAAAUGAUAUAAGAUGGGGCAGUGUGCAUUGAUUUCAUUUUGAUCAGUGAAUACAUUAUGGUUUUGGCGUGUCACCAAUGCACAUUUCCUGAUUGAGCUUGUUGAACUAUGAUGGAAUUCUGGCAAUGUGGGCAUGUGGGAGUGCUAAUGCAUUCCUCAGUUGUACAGUUUUUAAUUGAAUGCAAAUAAAGUAUUAAUGGCGCUACCAGUACAUCUUGUCUGCUUUGGUACUAGAGAAGAGUGUAACAUCGUGAUGUUAGUGUUUCAAACACUUUAAGUAUCAAAUGAUAGGCCCAUCAGGUAACUUCAGCAGGUUACAAUGCUUUCAGUUGUUUUAAUCAUCUAAUAUUAUGCAACCAGCUGCUGGUAUGUGCCUGUGAACCUGGAUGACCAAUAUAAGGCCCAGUUCAUGAUGCAAAAAAGAAAACGGAUCAAUCUGUUUGGCCUGAAAAUCUGGCAGCAAACGGUUUGCAUUUUGUGUUCAUGAUGCAAACUUGCACUCAGCGGCAAACAGUUUCAGGUCCAUGAAAAGGCAUGGUAAUGUGAUCUCUGACCCGCUGAGGUUGUUGGGAUUCUGCACAAACUAUACUUUUCCCUGUGAGGCCACCAACAUUGAACGAAGGUACCCAGAUGUAUUCUGAGUCCACAUUGCUUUUGCGUUCAUGAUUCGCAAUUCUGGAUAACUAGAAACAUUUCCAGAUCCACCUCAAAGAGUUUUCAAGAAAAGGAGCAUUCAUGAUGACAAAUUUAUCCAUUUUAGCUUGCCAAACGGAUAACACCAUUUGAUUUUU